AUGCGUAGACAGUGUGUAUGGUGCAUUUUGUUAAUUCAACUGCAGAUUGUAGUUUCACAGUAUAAACCAACAUGGGAAAGUUUAGAUUCUAGACCUCUGCCACAAUGGUAUGAUGAAGCGAAAUUCGGAAUUUUUAUACAUUGGGGUGUGUUCUCUGUUCCAAGUUUUGGAUCUGAAUGGUUUUGGGAAAAUUGGAAGGGUGUUAAUUCUAGCACUUACGUUUCAUUUAUGAAGAAAAAUUAUCCAGUAGACUUUACUUACCAAGAUUUUGCUCGAUAUUUCAGUGCAGAAUUUUAUGAUCCAAAUGCCUGGGCUAACAUUUUUAAGAAAUCUGGUGCCAAAUAUAUUGUUCUUACAAGCAAGCAUCAUGAAGGUUAUACAUUAUGGCCUUCAAAAUACUCGUUCAGCUGGAAUUCAAUGGAUGUUGGUCCUCACCGUGAUUUAGUGGGCGAGCUUGCUGAAUCUAUUCGUUCGAAAACUGAUUUAAAGUUUGGUUUGUAUCAUUCAAUGUUUGAAUGGUUUAAUCCUCUCUAUCUUCAUGAUAAAGGCAAUAACUUUAGUACUCAGUUAUUUGUUACCAGCAAAACUGUUCCUGAGCUUCAUGAGUUAGUUGAAAAAUAUCAGCCUGCUGUCAUAUGGUCUGAUGGUGAUUGGGAAGCAUCUGAUUCUUAUUGGACUUCCAAAGAAUUUCUAGCUUGGCUGUACAAUAAAAGUCCAGUUAAAGAUCAUGUUGUUGUAAAUGAUCGAUGGGGAAAAAACAUUCCAUGCAAGCAUGGUGACUUUUAUACUUGCACAGAUCACUUCAAUCCUGGAGUUUUGCAGCCUCACAAAUGGGAAAAUUGCAUGACUAUUGAUAAGCAUUCAUGGGGAUACAGACGCAAUGCAGAAUUAUCAGAUUACAGAAACACUCAUGAUUUACUGAAGGAAUUAGUUACAACUGUUAGCUGUGGUGGCAACUUGUUACUUAAUGUAGGUCCCACAAAAGAUGGUGUGAUACCUGUCAUUAUGCAAGAACGUUUACAAGAAAUUGGAUCUUGGCUUGAAAUUAAUGGUGAAGCAAUUUAUUCCACAAGACCAUGGACAUCACAGAAUGAUUCUUACACUGAAGGUGUUUGGUAUACCACUAGUAAUGGAAAGACAGAAGAAAACUUUGUGUAUGCUAUUGUGUUUGAAUGGCCUGAAGAAGGCCGAUUGAGUUUAGCAGCACCUAAAUUAAAUAAGGAUUCUAGUAUAUCAAUGUUGGGUACAAAUUUUACUUUGAGAUGGAUGGAGACAAAAACUGGUAUUGAAGUACAAUUUCCUGAUAGAGCUAAAGCACCAAACUGGAUGUGGUGCCUUAAAAUUAGCAAGGUUGAAAACAGAUAUACUCCAAAUGUUAAUUUGCUAAUUUAG